UACACUAGAAAAUCCUAAGCAGGCUGUAGCUGAGAUUUUCGAAAGUUUUUGUCUUCUGAAAAAAUGGACCUUUUACAUUAAACCUUUGUGUAUAUGUAUCAAAUGUUACCCAGAGCGGACCUUUUCCGGCAAAAAGGGCGGUUAGUUCGAACCCCACGACACCCCCCUCCCGGCUUUGGGCCUUCGAGGUUCGUGUCUGACGCCCUUUCAACUGUACUAAUUCCUAACGAAAGCUGUAUAUUCAAACAGAACGUCAACACGAUUUGUUGUUGCGCGCGUCAGUCCAUACAUAAGUACCUGAAUAGGGACAAAGGGCUCUACCUCCUACUAGCGGAUUAAAGAAUGGCACGAGUCAUUUUGGUAUAAUAAAGUUCAAUGUAACUUUUCAAUCUGUUUUGUUUGUCUUUAGAAGUAGGGUCACUCGGUUGACUCAGGGAAUACAGUGAAGUAGCGAGAUUUUUGGUUAGAUAAGAUCACGUUUUUAUACCAAUACAAUGUAUUUUUAGAUAGUUAUAUCUUUCAUAAUCCAAGAUACUUCUUCUUGUCUUUCAAAAACAUACUUUGGACACGUAUGGUAUUAUCAGUGAAAAAUAAACUAAAAAGAAAGGAGAAGAAUAUAAGAUUUCUUCGGGAAAACGCAUGUAAUGGAGCAGAAAUGUAAUAAGCAUUUCAAACAAAUCUAAUGAAUGCGUUCAUUUCAUCAAACUUGACCUAAAGUCAACGCAGACUGUUAUUUCAACAACUACGCGCGCUAGUCUUAACAAAACAACAACAUCUUAACAAUAGGUCUGAGGUAUUAAAGACUUGUAACUACAGAAAGUUUGUUUGAAAUAUAAAUAGACACCAUACUCUGGUAAGUUACAAGUAACGACACAAGCCGCCAUACCCUAUGCUUGAGUACAGUGACAGCAGUACUUCCAGAACAGGAUGGCUAAUUAAGAUAUUCACUCACUUUGGAUUAAGGACUAUUUAAUGCCUGUUCACAGCUCACGUAUAAGUAAGGAUGACACCGUAAUGACUACGUGACGCUUAAUAUAAUAUCGUCGUAGUGCCAGAAGCAAGAGUAGCGGCAGAUCGGUCAAAAUGGUCUUUCGACAGGCGAAGUUACAGUGUACCCAAGGAGAGUGAAUGUGAAUCAAACUGAGGACUAUAAAAGACUUGCUGAUCUAAACCAUAUACCGAGAAAAAAAGGUUGGUGUCCCGGCAGCGCAGAAAUUUCCGAGUACCGAUUUAAAUCUCUAUUUUGUUCUACUGCACCCGAGGAGCCGCUGAUUGAGAAGGAUUGUAAUUCUGUCCUGAUAUCUCUGAUUAAUGAGGAAAUCAACAGACAUUCAAAUGAAACUGACCUAUUAAAUGGCACUGAAAAUAUUUCAAUUUACAAUAGAGCAAACAAAAGAGCAGCAAUAUUUCCCCAAAACAGCUAAUUCAUAAUCAAAAGUAUUUUGAGAGAAUCAAAACCAUGUCAAAGAGAAAACCAAAGCAGCCCGUCGCCAUAGAGGUGAACCCGAUGGACAAAAUUGUGUCGCAUGCAAGGAAGAAAAAUCUCGGACAAGGCAGUGUAGAGGAGACCAUAGACUGCCACACCCAGAUCACAGCCCAUCACUUCACGGGGCCCAUCCAGAGACUCUGGCUCACCAUCCCAGACGUGGACAAGAGGGUACUACAGGGCAUGCAAAAAUUCGUACAAAACGAAUCAAAACUGGAUUUUACAAAUGCCAAAAUCUACGUGAUUGGUCUGAAGGUCUGCCUUGUGCUCCACUGUGGAGAUUGUCGAAAUCAGUACAUAGCCACUCUUGACGACAAGGACAAGGUCGCCACCUAUUGUGAGAAGAAAGGGUUGCGUAUAAAAUCAAAACUUGGAGUAAGGAUCAUAUGGAACGAGCCUCCGCCAAAGAAGGUAGCACCUCCACCCAAGGACAGUGAUGACGAGUCCUCGGACGAAUUCUAAAUGAAUAAUUCCCACAAAAAAUUAAAAAAAGAAAACUGAGAAAUGCAAACAAAGACGGCACCUCAGUCACAAGUGGUAAUCCUUCUGCAAGGAUUUACUUGACAGUUAUCAUCUCGACGCCCAUGGCAUACCACAGCCCGGAUUAUCUAUUCAACAAUGGGAAUUUUUAAUGGAAUAAACACUUAGACACUUACAUAUAGGGGCCUACUGGAGAGUGUGAACUGACAUUAGAAACGUAGACCCCAUUUCCAGAAGUUAGAUCUAUCUACUUUAGA